CUGGGAAUCCAUCCUGUCAGCCCAGUCUCACAACUCCAGCAGGCACCUUCCAUUUCCUAUGCUGCCGCCAUGCCUGUCCAUGAGAUCGAAGAGAAGGAGCUGCAGGCGGACGAAGACGUGGGAAGCCUCGGCUUCGGCUUUGUGGAGCUCCCGCCCACGAGGCAAGCGCCGGUGGUCAUCAAGACUGUGAAGCCAGACUCCUGGGCGGACAAGGCUGGCAUCAAGCACGGCAGCGAGCUGGUGCAGGUGGAUGGCAAAGAUGCGUGCAGCCUCUCUUCAGAGGACUUCAAAGCUGUGCUGAAGAAGCGGCCUCUCAGCAUGAAGCUCAGAGAGCCGUCUGCGGAGGCCUGGAAGCAAGUCAUCCACUUGAGGGACAUGAACGCCGUUCUGGCCAGUCAGAAGGUGGACUUGCAGAACAAGCUGAUCUUGGAAUUCGAUAGGGCCAAAAGCUGGCUGGAAAUCUGCACAGAGAGGGAGAAGGAGAACAGCAAGCGACGCCAGACCCAAGUGGAGAACCUCCAGAAGACCUCGGAGGAGAAGGUCCAGGAAUGUGAGCUACAAGAGGCGGAGAUCACGAAGCUCAAGGCCGAGCUGGAGGCGUGCCAGCUUCAACUCUCAGAGGCUGCCAAGAACGGAACAGCAGAAGCUGAACUGGCCAGGCGGCAAGAAGCGCUGGGCCAGCUGCAGAAGCAGGGAGAGGACCAGGCCAGGCAGGAAGCUGAGCUGGCGGCCUUUCGGGAGGAAAAGUCCCAGCUGGCGACGGAGAAGUCGAAGCUGGAGGAGAUGCAGCUGCUGCUGGCGGCUCAGAAGGAGGAGGUGCAGAAGCAAGAGGCCCAGCUGGCAGAGAAGAACUGCCUGUUGCAGGAAAGCCUGGCGAAGGAGUCAGCUGCGCCAGUGAAUGGCGCACUUCAGAUGGAGGCCGAGACCGCAGAACUGCAGAGCACAAAGGAGGCCUUGCAGCGGUGCGAGGCCGAGCUGCAGGAAACCCUCGCAAAGGCAGCUGGGCCAGCGAAUGGCGAACUUCAGAUGGAGGCCCAGGCCGCGGAACUGCAGAGCACAAAGGAGGCCUUGCAGCGGUGCGAGGCCCAGCUAAGUGAGAAGGACGGCCUUCUGAAAUCCGACCUCGCGAAGCAGGAGACCUGGCAGUUGCGGGAGGUUGAGCUUCAGCAGCAGCUGACCUCUGAGGAGGCACAGGUGAAAGAGCAGGAGCAACGACAAGCAGAACUGGUGGCGUCAGAGGUGGCAGAAUUCCAGCAGCAGCUUGCAGACCAGAGGCAGGAGGUGCAGAGCACAAAGGAGGCCCUGCAGCACUGCGAGGCGCAGCUUUCCGCGGCCGCGCAACAAGCCCCUGCGCUCGAGGGCGUGGAGGUGGAACUGUCAAGGGCACGCGUCGCCCUGAACGCAGCCCAGCCGGAACUGCAGACGCUGCUGGCGCAGUUGGCGGCCCCUGACCUCUUCAAGGAUCCAGUGGCCAGCCCACGAAGGAGCAAUAGCCGUCGUAGUAUUUUGCCGGUCGCACCACCGCCGGCACCAGCACCUGCGCCGGCCGAGACUGCAGAGUCCGACGAGGAGAUGUUUUGAAGGCACGUGGCCAUCAUUCCGACGACCCCAUGGUCGCCUCGGCCUAGCCGGCGGCCAGCGCGCAGCAGCUUCUCAAAGAAUCAGUGGCCACUAGCUUGGGCUUUGUGACGCAAGGCGGAUUUGCUUUUGACAUGGUUGUUAGCAUUUGGUAGUUCUGGGGAUAUCCUCGCACCCUGCCAAUGUCACUGCUUGGAAAUUGAGCCUGAACGUGCCAAUGUAUGCACUGGCUCCCGGGGUGUUUGGCACAGGAAC